CUUAGCUGGUGCGCGCCGGAGCCCAAACUCCAAGUGGAAACUGCAGGCGCACGAGGGAGGAACGCGUGGAGCAUGAAGAGGCAGGGGGCCUCCUCUGAGCGGAAACGGGCGCGGAUACCGUCCGGGAAGGCCGGAGCAGCAAAUGGAUUUCUCAUGGAAGUUUGUGUUGAUUCAGUGGAGUCAGCUGUGAAUGCAGAAAGAGGAGGUGCUGAUCGGAUUGAAUUAUGUUCUGGUUUAUCAGAGGGGGGAACUACACCCAGCAUGGGUGUCCUUCAAGUAGUGAAGCAGAGUGUUCAGAUCCCAGUUUUUGUGAUGAUUCGGCCACGGGGAGGUGAUUUUUUGUAUUCAGAUCGUGAAAUUGAGGUAAUGAAGGCUGACAUUCGUCUUGCCAAGCUUUAUGGUGCUGAUGGUUUGGUAUUUGGGGCAUUGACUGAAGAUGGACACAUUGACAAAGAGCUGUGUAUGUCCCUUAUGGCUAUUUGCCGCCCUCUGCCAGUCACUUUCCACAGAGCCUUUGACAUGGUUCAUGAUCCAAUGACAGCUCUGGAGACCCUCUUAACCUUGGGAUUUGAACGAGUGUUGACCAGUGGAUGUGACAGUUCAGCGUUAGAAGGGCUACCCCUAAUAAAGCGACUCAUAGAGCAGGAGGUGGUGUAACAGACAGAAAUCUACAAAGGAUCCUUGAGGGUUCAGGUGCUACAGAAUUCCACUGUUCUGCUCGGUCUACUAGAGACUCGGGAAUGAAGUUUCGGUAAAAGUGUAUUCUAUGAUUCAAAUAAAAAGGAUGAGAUUAACUUUUACUUUCUCCCAAAUAGAAAAACUUUAGAUGGAGGCAUGAUUAAUCAAUGGAAUAUUGUGACUACUACAUAAGUAUUGUAGUUGUUUUUAUAGUUGAAAAACAUUUCUAAAAUGAUUCUUGUCCUGUCUUAAAUAAACAGGCUCUUUGAACAUAGGUGAACCUUGCCUUGUAAAGGCAUUGCUGAACUUAGACCAGUUAAUAGUAAACAAAUUCUGCAGUUGAGCUUCAAAUGAGUCAGAUAUGCACAUGUGCCCAUUCGCCUAUGAUAUCCUGUAGCAAAGUUAAUAACUAUGGCGUAAGGAUGGAAGAGUCAUAGUCAUUUUUCUCCCUCCUACCUUUAGUACUUAGUCUUCCCUCACAUUUGUUCUCUGUUUUCAGUUAUUUUGAAAUUAUAUUAUCAUUAAGAAAUUGUGACUAUUGUAUGGGGUUUUUUAAAUACUUAAGAAGACUCUUUAAUAGUAGUUGAAUGUUUCUAUUUAUAAAUUGGGAAAAACACAAUGUAAAAGAAGCAAGAUGGCUGGGCGAGGUGGCUCACGCCUGCAAUCCCAGUGCUUUGGGAGGCCAAGGCAGGUGGAUCAGUUGAGGUCAGGAGUUCGAGACCAGUCUGGCCAACAUGGUGAAACUCCGUCUCUACUAAAAGUACAAAAAAAUUAGCUGGGUGUGGUGAUACGCGCCUGUAAUUUAAAAAGAAAAAAAAAAAAGGAAGCAAGAGCCUUAGAACUUAAAAUUCUAGAUAUAAAAUCAAGUAUACUCUCCGGUGGAUUCAGCUGCUGGAUGUUUCAAGUAAUUAAUUGAUGAAAAUUAUGGAAUAUACUAGUUCAGCAUACUUGACCUACCCUUGUAUCAUGAAAUAGUCUAUAAAAUGAAGUGGCAGUAGGAGGGCUCAUUUAAUAACAUAUAAUUAUCUGUUCCUUUAUUAUUUCUAUUACAGAAAUUCAUCUGUUGCCAUGGGAGCCUCACUUUCUUGCUCAGAAUAUUCCCUAAAGGUAACAGAUGUGACCAAAGUAAGGACUUUGAAUGCUAUUGCAAAGAAUAUCCUGGUUUAGCCAGACCUCUCUGAGAGACAUGGAUAUCACAGGAUGAAAGUAGAAGUAUAAUCUGCAAUUCUCUAUGACACGGCUUUAACCUUCUUCUCUGGCCAGGACAGUCACAAUCUUCAUUUUAAGUUUCACAUGGCCAUGGAGAAUGUGCCCAAGAAGAAAAAGAAUUUGAAACAGAGAUACAGUCACUUCCUUUGCUUAGUCUUACCAGUGAUUGUCGUCAUGGUUAAAGCUGGUCUAUGCUUCUUCCAUAGACAGAAGCUUAGUCUGUUUUUGGUGGAAUUAAUUGAUGAACUGGGAAAAUUUAACUGCAUGGUAUGAAUUCAGAGUGUGACUUAAGAGUCAAUUCAAAGCAGUAUUUUGACUUUUCCUUUGUAAAAUAAAAAUUUCCACUCUUACA